GGUACAUUUUCACGAUUUACGGUUAAACAGAAUAGUGUAAAUUUUUGAGAGAUCAUUGCACUUCAAGAUCAUAACUUCUUCAUAAUGUCAUCAAAAAUAUCUUCUUCACGUUGCUGCACUCUAUUCUGUCAUGUUAAUACUCGAAUUGCUCUCACAAUACUAGACAUUUUGAUUGGAUUUUCAAAUAUUCUGUCAUAUGCAAUACAAUUUCAUAAUUGGUCAGCUUUAACUCUAACAGCAAUGGUAACUUUGGUGGCUUGUCACACAUUACAAAUGUUCUUAGCAGAAAAGAAAAAUACGAUAACUCACUGGAAGUAUAGUACUUUCAAAUGGAUUAUGUGGAUCGACAUAACUCUUGGAUUUCUUGCUCUAGGAUGUUUUGUUGUUUGCUUCAUUAUUGCUGGUGUUACAGAAAUUGAAUUCACAAAUUUGUACGGUGAGAAUUUGUGGUUCACCGGUCUUUGGGCAACAGCAAUCACAAAGUACACGUGGCAAAAUGCACUUUUGGCACGAAAUUAUUCAAAUCAAAAACGGAUCCUUAAGUCAGAAAUUGUUGAAGACGCCUAAUUUUUCCAGUAUUUCAAAUAACUAUAGAUCUCUUGUUUUUUGCAACUUUCCUAGUGUACUGUCAUGUAACUAGUAAUGUCACUAAGACAUACAUACUCUGUUCAACUCCAAUUAUAAUUAUUGAAAAACAACGAUUUUUCGUGAGAAACAUGAUUUUCUUUUUUUAUUCUCUUCCGUUUCCAAUAUUCAUUUUCAUAAAAAUGUUU